GCAGGGUUCUCUGGAAAUUCUCGAGUCCUACACACUACUACCACGUCGUACAUUCUUAACCAGACUUUGGCUUACCUAAUGCUCUGUACAACUAACGGAAACCCCACAAAAUACAGUUGUAUCGCCGGAGCCGUCGUUCAGUAUGGUCCUUGUACUCAUUAUUGGUGAUUUGUAUAUCCCUCAUCGUGCCCAUGACCUUCCGUCCAAGUUUCGAAAGCUCCUUGUUCCUGGAAAAAUCCAGCAAAUCCUCUGUACAGGCAACGUUUGUGAUCAGGAAACAUACGAAUAUCUACGCACGGUAGCAAGCGACGUGUGCGUCGUGAGAGGUGACUACGACGAGAACACUGGUUUUCCGCCCUCUGCCAUAGUGGUGCACCCACCGAUACGGAUUGGCAUUGUACAUGGUCAUCAAUGUGUUCCCACAGGCGAUCUUGACGCCCUCAGCGCUCUUGCGCGACAAAUGGAUGUCGAUGUCUUGAUUUCGGGUCACACCCAUACGUUUCAAGCGAUAGAAUAUGGGGGGCGAUUCUUUGUGAACCCGGGCUCUGCAACUGGCGCUUGGACUGGCUUGCAUAACAGUGACCCGACACCAUCAUUCGCUUUGAUGGAUAUACAAGGUCCAGUCGUUGUCACUUAUGUUUAUCAAUUGGUGGAGGGGGAAGUACGCGUCGAGAAGAUCGAGUACAGGAAGGAAGUUGAGGUUCCUAAACCAAACCCAGCCCCUCCGCAAACGAGUACGGGUUACUCGGCACCAACGAGCCCGCGGUCAACACAAGGUGCAUGGUAGUACUGUUGUUGUCUUGGAAUGGCUAGCAUCUUUUGGGUGGAAGCAUGCUGCAUUCUCAUCGUGAAACUUGGCAGUAAUCACACUUUAGUCUUCUUCUAGCUUGGGAGUUUUCGAUGUGCUCCCUUUCUUGCAAGCACUUCACAUUGCAGAUGUGUAAGUACCAUGGGGACCCUGUAUACCGACGGAUUUUUGCCCCCGCCGUGA